AUGUCGAUAGAAUACAUAGAAGCGGAUCAUAUACCGAGAACAAGAAUGUACCAUAAACAAUCAAAGACUGAAAAGAAUGAUUAUCUAAUUUUGAUACCAGGAAAUCCAGGACUAAUAAAUUAUUAUGUAACUUACCUAGAUUAUAUUCAAGAAAAAUUACCACAAUUUGAAAUUUUUUGCAUAGAAUACUUGGGCUUCUUAUCUACAAAACUUCAAAAAGAUUCUAAGGGAAAUCAAGUAAUUUAUUCAGUUGAUGAUCAAGUAACUCAUAAAUUCAACAUUAUCAAAAAAAUCUUGAAAGAAAAUUCCCAACCAGUCAAUUUAUUCUUCUUAUCUCAUUCAUUAGGAAGUUUUAUAACUGAAAGAGUAAUUUUGAAAUUACAACAAGAUGAAUCACUUCAUAGCCACAAAAUAAAAUUCAAUGGAAUGAUAACUCCCACAGUAUAUGAUAUAGCAAAUUCUGAAUCUGGCACAAUUUUAACCAGAAUGAUUAGCUGGAACAUACCAUUUGUUGGAUUAGCAAUGACAUUAAGUUUAGUACUCAAUUAUAUUCCACAACCAGUUGUGAAAUACAUUUUGACGAAUAAUUGGAAACCUCCAAAACAAGUAAUUACAAAAGAUCAUCACAAUCUCGGUUUGGAGAAUUCAUUAGAAGCUACAAUAGAUUUCAUAAACUCUCCAUGUUCAAUAAAUCAAUGUUUAAAUAUGGCAAAAGAUGAAAUGAUUGUUGUUGAUAAAUCAAAUACCGUGAAUGAUGAAUUGUUUUUCAAUUCUGGUGUAUAUAAUUGGUGUUUUUUUGCACAAAGUGAUCAUUGGGUUAGCACAAAAACCAGAGAUUUUUUGAUUUCAAGGUAUUCUGAUUCAGGUAAGAAUUUAAUGGAAAUUUGUAAAAAUUUAAAUAAUCCAAUUAAGCAUGCUUUUGUUUUAAAUCAAAGUAAAGAAUUUGCUGAUAUUACUAUUGAUAGAUUAAAACCUUUUGUAUAA